GAGCCUGUUUCCAAAAAAGUGGACUAUCCCAAACACUUUACGGGAAAAUUAACGUAGAAAUGGAUUAUAUACAGCUAAGAUUUUAACAUAAAAAAAUCACACGUAUCACGUAUCCCGUUUAUGAGAUGUUGAUGUCUUCUUUUUCUGCAUUCAGGGGUUUUGUUCUUGGUUUACUAAAAUGUUCAAAAAGUGAAUGUGAAUAAUAACUUUUUAAAAUUGUUAUUUAAAAAGCCUUUUCCUCACCUUAUUUGUUAAUAUAGUUUAAAUGACACGCCUAUUUGAAGGCCUAGUCUUUUUAUCUACUUCUGCUUAUAGGAUGCAAAUGUAUAAGGUAUCAGCUUUGAAGUGUCCUGACAAAGUAAUGAAUGUGCUGUUGUGUAGGCUAUGUUGUUAAAAACAGCAGGGAGCUGGUUGGGCUAAACCCCUAAGAAAAGAUGAGAGGGAAUUAUGGAAGUGUGUCAGAGAGUUGGCUCAGUGGUGGAGACUGUUUGGGGACCAUGCAUGUCCUCAUUUAAUGGUAAAAGGGAUGCUUGGGUCUGUCUGAUGUUUCCGAACAGAUGUACCAUUUCACGCUUAUUAAUUCAUUUGUGAAUAAAAGUUAAACUGUAGAGAUAAACAUUAAUUUCUAGUCAUUUACCUCUUGAAUUUUAUGGAUACUGACUGUUGUUUUAUGUGCAGUCUUUUGUGUAAAUAUUAUAACCAUAACCGUUAGCAUUAGUUGCAACUCUCCAGAGAAGAGAUGUUAUAAGCCCCCAAAAAAUAUUAAUAUCAGACAUACACAUUCGAAAGCUUUUAUGGGCUUGAGACAGGGACAUGAAGUCACUGUUAUUAAACUCAUUCAGCAUUGGAAGAGACACUGUUCCACUAAUGGAGCUUUUGAUGAGGGGUUUUGUCUCGCUGUGCUAUAUAGAGUUUGGUCACCAGCCACUUAAAAAAUGUUAUUAAUGGAAGUAGGACUACUUUGGGACAAGGUUGGUUGAAAUAGUUUUAAAAUGUUUUUAAUUUCUUCUUGUAAAUUGAAAAAUAAGGUAAAUAAUACAUAUAGCUCUUUUUUAAUAGAAAUUUUUGUUGUCUUUUUUUAUUUUCUCUUCAUCUAUUUGCAGUCCUUGGAUUUGCUGUGAUUGAAUUAGGCCACAAAAGUUUCCACAUCAAAUGUUUCUACAUCAUUUGAGCCUGUCGCUUCCUUUUGCAGUGUUUUCUUUGACAACAAGCCCAGUCCCCUCGUGACAAGCAAACCUCCUUUUUGACAAUUGCCUGAGCUACUACAUUGUCAUUUCUGAUUAAAUGAAAAAAUAAUAAUAGGUUACAGUUAAAAGCAAAUGAAUGAGACAAAUAUAAGGAAGAUAUGAUCUGAUACCCUAGUUAAUGCAAAAGGCUUGUUUUGUGAUUUCUAUUUAAGAUGAGGCAUAAUAAUUGAAUGAUGCCAUUAUAUAACAGCCUAAAUAAUUGACUAGUGGAAUUUGGGCCAGUGGUGUCAGAAGCACAAAAACGUCUAAAGGAAGUUAUCCGAGUUAAAAAAGAAAAAUGCUGAAUUUCGGAAAAUCACUGAUAAACCAGAGAUGUUGGAAACGGAUAUAUUUUAAAUCAAUGUAAACAAACUCUCAUUGUCUAAGCAAACAAAAUCAACAAUGGACACAUCCUGUUCCCAGAGUUCACAUUGUUGUUUUGGUAGUGGCGCCAUCUGAUGGACAAACAGAACCUUUCUCUGGGAGAAAAGAAAGUUAAAAGAUAUUAGCAAGAAUGUUAUGCUAAAUAGUGUUUUAGCAAUAAAAUCAUUUUAGUAAUUUUAGUUCAUAGCCUACUAAUAGAAAUAAAAUUGGCGAAUAAUCAUUUUUUUAAAAGAAGUGCAGGGCUCAAACAACUUCUUCCAGGAAUAAAGUAAUUUUCUUCCCCCCGUCACUUAUUUGGCAGGAAAAGUGUCUGUUUGUGGGCCAAAAAUGAGGGUUGCGUCGGCCAGCCAGACUGAAGCUCCUGAAGGUGUCCUGAUGUGUUUCCUGCUCUCAAAUUACCAAUUUGAACUCUAAAAAGGCUAACAAACUGAAGGGGUGAGGCAAAUAUGGUGUACAUUAUACUGUAAAUAUGCAGUAAUUUGAAUCGUAUGAUCUGCUAUUUUGAUUUAUCGAGUGUAAGCGUGUCGGGACAUCUGGAGUUUAUUAAUACUAAAAACACAGCUUGUGAAGACCUGCCUUUUCAGCAUCUUCCUUCGAAUACAGUUCCAGAAUUUGAAUAACAAACAUCCAGUUGCUUCUGGAACUCCGCUGGCUCCAUUUUAGCAGACUGACAUUAGAAAAGAAAGGGAGUUUUCUUGGUUUUAUUAUAUAACACAAACUAAACAAUCGGGAAAGACAUCAGAGUUGAAAUAUACAUCAUGCUUUUGUCAUUGAUAACUAUACUUCUUUUGCUUGGAACUGGACAAACUCAAAGGACAACUCCUGAUUUUAUGAUGGAGUAUUUUCAGAGACAACUUCAGGAGCUGGAGGGACGACUGAUCAAAUGCGAGCAGGGCUUCCAGCACUUCAGUCAAAGGCUGUAUGAAAUGUCUAAGGAGAUACAUGGGCAAACAAGCAAGGUGAACGUGUUGAAAUCAGAGGUCAAAGGUCACAUUGAUACCAUCGCUAUGCGCAUGGAUCGAGUGGAGAGAGAUGUGGAAUACCUGCAGAAUAAGAUCCCUGACAACGCUCAGGUUGACAUUGAAGAUUCGCUGAUCGAGGACCAGAUGAAAGAAGCCAAGCUAAAAAAGACAUCUGUAAUCCCUAAGGGCAAAGACUGCAGUUCAGAGCUUGUGGGUAUCAAGUCCCUCAAAAUCGUCAAGAAGGCAGGCGACAUCAAUGGGUCCUGGAUGAAGGAUCCGACGAAGGGUUCUGCUAAGAUUUACUUUUUUAGCGGCACUCGAAACAGUACAAUAUUAGCAUAUACUUCUCUGAAGGCUUUCACUGGAGCAAACUCCACCAAAAAGACGGAAGUUAUCCGUCUUCCUUUUCCCUGGCAUGGAACCGGCCAUGUAGUCAACAACGGCUUUGUGUACUACCACAACGCAGACACCAACAAUGAGAUCCUGAAGGUCCACCUCAACAAUCGCACAGUGGCUGAUCGCUUGCUGCUUCCUGGAGCCGGUCGAAUGCCGGCUUAUUCCCUCAGCCCUCACACCUUGCUGGAUCUCGCUCUUGACGAAAUGGGGCUCUGGUCGAUCCAUGCGGACCCAGACUUUGGCGGCAACUUGGUGAUCUCCAAGCUGGACCACAGUAGUCUGGCUGUGGAGCACACUUGGGAUACCAAUUGCAAUAGCCGUGAUGCAGAAGCAUCUUUCAUAAUCUGUGGCACCUUAUAUGUGGUCUACAACUCCCACUAUGGUGGAAGGUCCAGCAUCCAAUGCUUGUUUGAUAUCCACGACACCAUCUACCUGGAGAGCAUCCCUGUGCUUUUCUUCCCAAAACGUUACACCAGCCACUCUGGUUUGCAUUUCCACCCCAAGGAUAAGAAUCUGUAUGCUUGGGAUGAUGGUUAUCAGACCAUCUAUAAGUUAGAUAUCAAGAAGAUAUAAGAUUGGUCAGUUCUACAUAGAAACAAAAGGGCAGUUACAAUAAGGUCCUUUCAACCAUCAGUGCUUUAUUCUUCUUCCCAAUCACAUCUGAUCUGCUUGAAAGCACUUUGUAGUGCACUUUGUUGUUUUACCAGACUGUAAUUUCCUGAAAAACAAAGGACUCUUUGGGUUCCUCGGUUCAGUCAGAGGACCGCUAGUAUCGUAUCUCCACUCUUUCUAUGAUUGAUUUGAGACAAUAAAAGUUGUUUAUAAAAGAAGUUUAUCCAACAGCAGUAGGCCUACACUAGAAAUAAAGAGCAUUAUACAAAAACUAAUUAUCUCCAAUGACUAUGUCUCUCAAAGAAAAUAUUUUUGUACAGAAUUUGUUGCCACUUCAAAUUCACUGUAUUGGUGAGGUGGAUCAUGCAUUGAAAUAUUAUAAUGUGCACCAUACAAGCACAUUCAUUAUUUGUAUGACACAUU